AGCAUCUGGACAGAGACCAAAUCGUCACCUCGCCCACUUGUGCUAUCUGCUAUAGUGCUGUAGAGCGCAUGCUGAUCUCAGCCCUGGAGAAAACGUUGGAACCACGUGGUGUGGAAUGCGCUAGCCUGGCCUGAGAUGGUUCCCCUCGACCCUGCAUGCUGAGUUCGGCAACGCCCUAUGUCAAUUCCGAGAGAAUAUAUCUUCUAAAGCUAUGCGAAUUCACUUGAUUAUCCUAACUCUCUGCGCAUAUUAGACCGGUCACCCAUCCGGGAGUAGCCGAUCAAGAUGGUCAAAAUUGAGACCUUUUCUGUGGAGGCGUGGAUGGACCAGCAUGAGACGGGAAGCCAAUUCAACAUCGCUGAGACCUGCUGCGCAUCGAUCUCCAUAGACCAACUCCGCGAACUCUCCGAAGACAAGGAUCGACCAGUAUUUGACACCUCAAGAACCCUCACAUAUGGCGCCAUCAGAGGUUCCGAUGCGCUGAGGAACAACCUUGCGCGACUGUACUCGGCAAAGUCGGCCAACCUACUCCCGCCCGAGAACAUCAUCACCACUCCUGGAGCGAUCCAGGCCAAUUACCUCUGCGCAUAUGCAUUGGUCGGACCCGGCGAUCACGUCGUAUGCCAUUACCCUACAUACCAAUCCCUGUACGAAGUGCCCAAGCAACUAGGCGCAGAAGUCGACCUAUGGAAGGCAAAACCGGAGAACAACUGGAUACCGUCAAUAGAGGAUUUGAAGAACCUUAUCAAGCCGAACACCAAGCUCCUCAUCCUCAACAAUCCCAACAAUCCCACUGGAGCUAUCCUCAAGAAAUCGUUCCUGCAGCAGAUCAUCGAUGUCGCCGCAGAGCACAAUAUCGCCAUCCUCAGCGAUGAGGUUUACCGCCCCAUCUUCCAUUCGAUCAACCCCUUGGAUCCGGAAUUCCCGCCUUCGAUCCUAUCAAUGGGCUACAAGAAAGUGAUCGCGACUGGCUCCAUGUCGAAAGCCUAUGCCCUCGCUGGCAUCCGCGUUGGUUGGAUAGCAUCUCGCGACCCCGAGAUUAUCGAGAAGAUCGCCGAGGCGCGUCACUACACCACCAUCUCUGUCAGUCAGCUGGAUGAGCAAGUCGCUGCCUAUGCGCUCGACCCGAAUACAGUCCAUAGUCUUCUUGCGCGAAACAUACAGCUAGCGAAGACGAAUCUAGCGCUACUGGAAAGAUUCGUGCUGAAGAAUGACGACGCUUGCGAAUGGGUGAAACCGCUGGCAGGAACGACGGCAUUCGUUAGGUUUCACCGCGAUGGGAAAGCGGUGGAUUCCGUGGACUUCUGCAAGAAGCUGUUAGAGAAGUCGGGCGUGCUGUUCGUGCCGGGAAGCGAGUGCUUUGGAGGGGAAUACAAGGGCUAUGUAAGGGUUGGCUUUGUCAAUCAUGUUGAUAUAGUGAAGGCGGGGAUGGAUGAGGUGACAAAAUUCGUCAGGAGAAACCUGGAUGAUGUCAAGCUGGCUGAGUAGAUGUACCAUGUGAGCUCUAUAAAUUAGAUAAGAAACUAUCCACGUCUUCAAAGUACAGAAUUCCCUCAUUCUCCUUUUCCCUUGGCUAGUACGGCCAAGACUGAUGCCGGGCUUAGUCAUCACACCUGAAAGAUCGUUGAGGUUGAGGCUCUUCCGUCCGGUUUCUAACAGC